AUGUCUGACGACUACGGAAAAGAUGGCUAUUCAAGAGACUAUUCGUCAACAGAUCCAACCAUGUCUGCAUCAUUAUCAUCCACGAAUAAGGCCUUGCUUUCUCCAUAUAUGAAUAUCGAUCCUCGCUCCUUACAUCAGGAUGGUUCAGAGUUCAUAUUUGCUGGUGAACCCGUCAAAAGGAGAAGUUGGGGUGAAAGGAUGUUCUCUAAUGUUGGAUCAUCUUAUAUGAUUGGUAUUACAUGUGGUGGAGCGUGGGGUUUGUUCGAAGGUUUAAGAACUCCUCACGGAAAUACAAUGAAACUUAGAAUUAACGGCAUUUUAAAUAGUUGCACACGAAGAGGACCCUUCGUUGGCAACAGCUUGGGCUGUAUAGAGACAAUUCUAGGUAAAGUCACCCAGAAAGAAGAUGAAGAUAAUCCCUACAACACAGUCGGUGCUGCUGUCUUGACCGGCGCUAUUUUCAAAUCUACUGGUGGAAUUAGAGCGACUGCUUUAGCUGCAGCAAUUGGGGGUACGUUAGCUGUGACUUAUCACUUCGGUCAAAUGAUUUGGCAGAAAGAGAAACCCACAUUCUCAACACCGAAUUGGUCUUCAUAA